AUGGAGGCUGCGCACUCUUGCACCCCUGCAAACUAUGAGGAGCAUUGGCCGCUGUGCGCUACCUUUUACAUCUCUAAGAGAGGCGGCGAAAGGAAGAAAUCGAUUUCGCCAACGAGAAUGGGCGAAAUCCGUCCUCGGUCCGGUGAUAAGCCGCCCGAAGAAGUUAACGUAGUGGUGAGUGGCGGCGGACCUUGGGGACCAGGCACGCCAUGGCCACCAGUUCCCGUCAACUCCUCAUGGCUUAUAGCUGAUGCAUUGCCUCGAGUUGUAUUUCGAGAUGGCCGUCCCAAUAUUCGAGUGAUUUUAUAUCCGGAUCCGCUGCCCUCAUCUUGGAAAGCAGUCCGCGAGACAGUGCCGCGUUUCUGGGACGGCGAGAAGGAUUUCUUCCGCUUGUACCGCGACCCUGACGAACCGCCACAAUUCUCGGUCACCGCGGUACUCCAUAUGGGGAUGUUGGAUAAGCCCCGAGAGGCAUUUCGCCUUGAAAAGCACGGCUAUAAACUCGGCUACCAGCUCCCGGAUGUUGAUGGCAAGUAUCCUGACCACGAUGAUCUGACUGGGGGGGGAACUUGGGCAGGGGUGCCGGACAGGCUCAGCACCGAUUUGGACAUUGACACAAUACACCGUAGAGUGGAAUCUGAUAUUGAGGGUGCCAAUAUUGUGAUCUCCCACGACCAUCCACGUUUCAUCUGCGGUUACGAAUACUUCAAUUCUCUAGCAAGCCUUUUCAACCGCCAAGAGAAGAAGAGGGUGCUCUUUAUGCACACGCCAAUUGAGCAUGAGAGCAGGGACAUUCAGCAUGGCGUGCGCAUCGCGGUGAAGGUUCUCGAGUCUAUGGUGGAUGACUUGGAUCAUCAAGAAAGCUAUGCAGAGUAA